GCCACGAAAUGAUCAAAAUCUUCAUUAUCAGUGAUCAAUUUCCGCGGAACGUUUAAUUACUCGCGAAUCAAAAUGAAAAAUUUGUACAUAAGUGCAUAUGGAAUCGUGUUAUUAAAUGUGUUGCUUGUGAAUUGCCAAGAACCUCUUAAAGAGAUUUUUUGCCUCGAGGGCGACAGAGGCAUAAAUUUCAACCAGAGGUUGAUUGACGACCACAACAAGAUGUUGACAAGCGUUGGCGCACGUUCACUGGAAUCGGAUCCUUAUCUAAUGCAAGACGCGAUGAAAUACUCUAAAAAACUAGUCGAAUCGAUGUCGUAUCCAGACCGUCUAGAUAAUAGCGAAGGAACUGGAUAUUUUUACGAAGAAUUCCUUUACUCGAAUUUUCAACCAGCACCCCCCUUAAACGAAGCCAUAUUAGAUCCAGUUACGAAAUGGUGGAACAGUAAUAAAAAUGACCUUCAGACUGAAAUUUUAUUGGGAUCGUUUGGUAUCGACGCUUUAAAAAAGGGCGAUUAUAAGAAGGCUGGUUGCGGUCUGUGUGCAACUUUUUACGGUCAUUAUGUCACUUGCAGAUAUACCCCUAUCGGAAUUGUUACUCCACCCGAUCCCUCAUCUACAACUGUAUUUCCAACAAAUCCGACUUGGAAUCCGAAUCCGACUUUGAAUACGACUUGGAAUCCGAAUCCGACUUCGAAUCCGACCUGGAAUCCGAAUCCGACUUCGAAUCCGACUUCGAAUCCGAAUCCGACUCCAAAUCCGACUGUGAAUCCAAAUCCGAGUCCUUGGAAUAAUAUCAUGCUGACGAUCUUAAUUGUAUCAGCAACGACUGUGUUGGGAUUCUGCAUUUUAGCAAUUGGAAUGCUCGUUAUGUUCAUAUAUAACCAGUACAAGUCACGAAUUCUUGGAGACGCCAGCUAGAAACAGUGAAAUAAAUAGUAAUAUUUAAGUACCUAAAUUGUAACGCAUUAAAAGAAAAAUUUUCAUUGACUCGAAA